AUGUACGUGACUCGGAGACUGCUGCGCUCCACGCUGCCCCCUGAGCCCGUGGAGGAGAAGGAGGAGAAACAGAAGGAGGUGCCGUUUCUCCCGCCGCCGACGCCCAAGAGGCGCGCCGCUGUGCGCGCGAGUGCCAAGAUCUGCGAGGUGGUGGCCGACGCCUCGGGCCCCGCUGCUCGUGGCCGCGCGGCCAAGACAUCUCCCAAGCAGACGGAAAACGGGGGCGACGAGAAGAACAAAAGCAGCAGCCAUAAGAAGAUGAAAAAAGAGGAGAAGAAGCAGCAGCAGCACCAACAGAAGGGGGAAGAUGAAGUGCCGGCUGUGGACGUGUCAAAGCUCCACGGCUACCAGCUCAUGGUGGACGUGCACUACCGUGGAGAGGAGUACGCUGAGGCCAGGAUUCUGGACCUAGACCCGGACAAAGAGAUGCUCUUCGUGCACUACAUGGGCUGGAACGCGAGAUUCGACGCGUGGGUCCCACUUGAAGAGGUGGCGGCUCAUGGAAGCCACAGUGGCGUGGCGAAGAAGAAGGACGUCAGCUGGGACGGCGACAUCGCGCUCUUUGCUACUGAGGAGGAGGCGGCCGCACAACGCCAGAGCAAUAAGGCUAAACCCAAAGCGACGAAGACCAAGAAACGGCCUGCCUUGUCGCCCAAGGCACGACAGGCAGCACGGAAAGCACUGCGGAGUGUCAACACGGAUCAAAAGCGGCAUAGCGAGGAGAUGACUGAGUCUGAAGACACAGAACCGUCAGCGAAGUACGUCGUGAAAAAGAGCCCGAAGAACGCUAAGUUUGCGAAAAAGACUGUUACGAAGUCACCUCGUGCUGGGAAGAAGGUGUCCUCGAAGAAGGACUCGUCCUCACCCGCUGGACGAGCACCAAGGCGUGUUCAAGUUGCUGUGGGAACGACAGAUGAAGAUAGCGAGCGCAAGAACGAUACCGAAACGGCAGACUUAGUACUCGAAGUUGAGGUCGAAGGGUGUGAGGCAUCCAACGACGAAGCAGAGGAGGAGAUUGGUGAGGAGGACGAGGAGGAGGAGUCGAAGAAGCCCAAGAGGGGUGGUGCUAUCAACAAGCCAGCAGCUGCAGCGAAAACAGCCCCGUUACCGCCCCACUCUGGUCACGGUGGGCUGGGCAGUGCUACACGAGAGAAAUUGGCAGCGAUCUUUCGGCUACGCGUGCAGCAAAGGCAACAGAUGGAGCAACUGAACGCUAGCCAAGCGGGCUUCCAGCAGUCAUUGCAAGAGCAAGUGUCAACGACAGUGACGGAUACUCCUGACAACCCAGCCGAUACUGCAGAAAACGAAGGCACCAAUAUCGCGGUGGUCAACGCAGAACUUGCUGCAGCAGAAGAGUACCAGCGGCAACUACAGCAGUACUAUUACCACCAGCAAGUCAUGCUAGCAAAUAGCCUGUCGAUGAGCGUCGCCGGCGGUGAGGACCUGAGUGCGAUCCCGCUCCAAGGUGGAAUCAUGGACCCUCGAAUAAUCCAGGAGCGUCUGACAGCGCUGGAGGAGCGCCGUCGACAGCAAGCGCACGUGCAGGCGUACUACCAACAGCUGAUGCUGACACGGGAGCGGAAUGUACGAGCCUUGGCCGCCAACCAGGCCUUCAUGGCUGCGAGCGCUGCAGUCUGGGAGCAGCAACUGAAGGAGACACAGAGUGAAGACGGCACCUCCUCGGUCACGAGCUGGAAGGAUGCCGCCGAGCGCACCGCGUCCGCGGAGACGUCGCCGACCAAGAGCGUGUCAGACAAGAGCGACCCGGCCGAUGCGCCGGCCGAAAACGUUCUCUAUGAGUUUGUACUGUAG